GAAACCGAACUUUGGCCGAGAAGAAAAAGCGAAAAAAGAAAAACAAAAGGGGGGCCAAAUGGGAGUUGAGAGCGUGGAUAACUUGAGUAGAAAAGCAUGUCUCCCUGUUAACUCCUUGUCGUUAGAGACUUGGAGUCGGGGAAGGUUGGGGGUGAGGGAGAGAGAAAUGGAGAAGGAGCUGAUGCAGCUUUUGGUGACUGUGUUUCUGUGGGGGACGGCAAGUUUCAUGGUGGCUCCGGCAAUAACGGACGUGACCGUGUCCGCGCUCUGCCCCGCCCAGUAUCAGUGCUCUCUUGCUAUUUAUCUCACCGGCUUCCAGCAGGCGAUAACGGGGUUAGGUGCUGUGAUGACGACGCCGUUAGUAGGCAACUUGUCGGACAAGUACGGCAGAAAAGCUUUGCUCACCCUUCCGCUCGCCCUCUCCAUCUUCCCCUUAGUGAUCUUGGCAUGUAGCAGGGACACUGAUUUCUUCUACGCCUAUUAUGUGGUCAAGACUCUCACCGCCAUUGUGGGCGAUGCUUCUGUCAACUGCCUCUCUCUUGCCUACGUGGCGGACAAGGUUGGAGAGGCUAAACGAGCGUCUGCAUUUGGAAUUCUUGGAGGCGUCAGCUCCGCAUCAUUCGUCUGCGGAACCUUGGCCUCCCGAUUCCUUUCCACUGCUCUCACAUUUCGGGUUGCUGCACUGUUUUCCAUGAGUUCUGCGAUGUACAUGAGAAUAUUUCUAGAGGAGAGCCUGGUUGUUGGUGGUGGUGUGAGGCGGCCAAUGUUGAAAGAGAGAGAGGCGCCGUGUGUUGAAGAGAUCAUCAGCCAGAACUUGGACUCAUCGCCACCAAUGUUCCGGACGCCGCCAUCGCUGAGGGAUCUCAUUGGCUUGCUCAAGUCCAGCCCCUCGUUCUCGAAAGCGGCCAUUGUUUGCUUCUUUAACAGUCUUGCAGAUGGUGGUUUGCAGGUUUCAGUGCUGUACUUCUUAAAGUAUCGAUUUCAGUUCAGCAAGAACCAGUUUGCUGAUCUGAUGCUAAUUAAUGGGGUUGGGGCAACUCUAGUGCAACUGCUAUUAAUGCCCGUAUUAGUACCUGUUAUGGGAGAGGAAAAGCUGCUUUCAAUGGGCCUCUUUAUUGGAAGCAUCACUACAUCAGUUUACAGCUUAUCCUGGGCAUCAUGGGUUCCAUAUGCCUUAGGAGUCUGCACUGUCUUUGGGGCUUUGGUGCGCCCGAGUAUCAGCAGUAUUGUAUCUAAACAAGUUGGACCUGCAGAGCAGGGAAUGGUUCAAGGAUGCUUUUCAGGAAUUAGCUCCUCCGCCAACAUCAUUGCUCCGUUGACGUUCACUCCACUGACAGCCUUGUUCCUGUCGGAAGAAGCACCCUUCUAUUUUCCUGGUUUCAGCAUCAUGUGCCUUGGGGUAUCCCAGAUGAUUGCAUUUAUCCAGAGCAUAUGGAUCCAAGCUGUUCCUUCUAAUGCGAAUUGCCAGUGGCAAAAUCAAUGAGUAUAAGCUCCUUUAUUUACGCUCGAACCAGCUGCCUCCUCCAAACUGUUCUGAUGUAUGAGUGAAUUUUCAUUGAACCGCCGUAAAAAACCUCUCCUACAAGCUUUAACACCUAGGAUUAAAUUAAGCCAAAAUACAUGAAACAGAAAUUAAAGUUACUUCCUUGUAUGCAUCCAAUGACUCUCUUUGUAUAUGCUCUCCUAUAUAAUAUCAUCUUGUUUCUUGGGUC